CUCAAGAAAGCGCUGGCUGCCGACGGCUACGAUGUGGAGAAAAAUAACAGCCGUAUUAAGCUGGGGCUUAAGAGCCUCGUCGGUAAGGGCACCGUGGUGCAAACCAAGGGCACCGGCGCCUCUGGCUCUUUCCGCCUCAGCAAGAAACCCGGGAAAGUGAAGGAGAAAGCCCCCAAGAAGCGGGCAGCCACGGCCAAACCCAAGAAGCCGGCGGCUAAGAAGCCCACCAGUGCUGCUAAGAAGCCAAAGAAGGUGGUGACUGCAAAAAAGAGUCCUAAGAAAGUGAAGAAGCCAGUGGCUUCUGUGGCCAAGAAAGCCGUGAAGAGCCCCAAGAAGGCAACUAAAGCUGCAAAACCAAAAAAAGCUGCAGCACCAACCAAGAGCCCAGCCAAGGCAAAGGCAGUGAAACCUAGACCGGCAAAACCUAAGGCGGCCAAGCCUAAAGCAGCCAAGGCAAAGAAGGCGGCGCCCAAGAAGAAGUAA